CACUAUAUGUCUUUCUAUGAGAUUAGAAUAUGAAACAUGCAGUGCUCUCAGGGCUCAUGCUGCUACAGAGCUGCUUGCUGACUGUGUGCUGGGUAUAGUGUUCUAUCGGAUUAGGACAUCACAUUCCCAGCCCUGACAGAGCCUUUGUUCAUUAUAUUUAUAGCUGCUUCUGGUCAUUGUUGAGAAGAGGAGAUUGCCCUGCCCUCUGGCCCUUUCCUAAGAAGAUUUUGGGCAGAAGCUCCUCUCAUGUGGCACUAAUUGAAAUGAUUGGUGGAGGGGGUGUUGUGAGCUCACUGUGCCUGACUCAGGCUUAUCUGCCAGGGGCUAAGCAAGAGGAGAAAAAAAAAGCAAAGCUUUGCCUCAUCCCAGUGAGGCUCAGGGCUUCUGGCCAUCUGUCCUCAGUUGGAAUCAGGAGACACAUAGAGGGACCGCACUCACUGUGACCGAGCAGAAGAAAGAGCAUUGUUCAGGAACUCUGGCUGAGCUUUUAGCAGAGGUGAAGGGGAAAGUACAGCACCUGGAUUUUAGAGAGGCUUUGCCCUGUUGUCCUAGAGGUGAAAUUUUGAAUUGCUGUUGCAGACUGCAGAUUAAACAAGAAAAGAGCAGUCUGUUGCCAAGACUCUAAGAGACGUGCCCAAAAUGAAUGCCAACGAUGCAAAUGCACCAGAGGGGGGUCUUAAUGUCACACUGACCAUACGGUUAUUAAUGCAUGGAAAGGAGGUUGGAAGCAUCAUUGGGAAGAAAGGUGAGACGGUUAAGAAGAUGAGAGAGGAGAGUGGUGCACGAAUCAACAUAUCAGAAGGGUCCUGCCCCGAACGAAUUGUAACAAUAACAGGACCAACAGAUGCCAUUUUUAAAGCAUUUUCAAUGAUUGCACUAAAAUUUGAAGAGGAUAUCAAUGCUUCCAUGACAAACAGCACAGUAACAAGCAAACCACCUGUAACUCUACGGCUAGUUGUACCUGCAAGCCAGUGCGGAUCUCUUAUAGGAAAAGGGGGGUCUAAAAUUAAAGAAAUCAGAGAGUCUACAGGUGCUCAAGUUCAAGUAGCAGGGGACAUGCUGCCCAAUUCAACAGAGCGUGCAGUUACUAUAUCAGGCACUCCUGAUGCCAUCAUCCAGUGUGUUAAACAGAUUUGUGUUGUCAUGUUAGAGUCGCCGCCGAAAGGUGCCACUAUUCCUUAUCGCCCAAAGCCUGCCUCUGGACCUAUUAUUUUUGCUGGAGGCCAGGUAAGAGCGGACACCAUUUUGGCCUCAGCUGGAAAUCACGCCGUCCUGGCCCAACCUCAACAAGCACCUUUUGGCAGUAGACAACCUUGGAGAGGUGGAAAUCUACAUGAACAACAUGGAAGCGGUCAAGCUCAGCUCAUUUUUUUAAAGAGACCAGAGGCAUUUGCAAUUCAGGGGCAGUAUGCUAUUCCACAUCCAGACUUGACCAAGCUUCACCAGUUGGCUAUGCAGCAUUCCCCUUUUACUCCCCUUGGGCAGACCACCCCUGGUUUCCCUGGACUGGAUGCCACUUCUCCAACCAGUUCCCAUGAACUUACCAUUCCAAAUGAUCUAAUAGGCUGCAUUAUUGGCCGACAAGGUAGCAAGAUAAACGAAAUCAGGCAGAUGUCAGGAGCACAGAUCAAGAUCGCAAAUGCUUCAGAAGGCAAUGGCGAGAGGCAAGUUACAAUCACAGGAUCUCCAGCAAAUAUCAGCUUAGCACAGUACCUCAUUAAUGCCAGCUUAGAGAUGGCUAAACUGAGCACCCAGACUGCUUCCGUCACGACCCCUGUUGACCUCAACAUGAACCUCUCUCAGUCUACCACCCCUUCCUCCACCCCCACCUCCAUGGCUGUGUUGGCGGCAGCUGCUGCUGCCUCCGCGGUCAACGUCAAUUCCCCUCCUCCCCUACCAACUUUACCAACCACCCACUAUGCUGUUCCUGUCUCCAGUCUGCUUGGCAUGAAAACUGUCCCACUCCUGGCAUUAAAUGCAGCGGCCACUGCGGGGGCCACUGGGAAUUUACCUGCUUACACUGCCAAAAUUCCAUCGACGAGUGGGGUUAAGAAAUCAGACCGACAGAAGUUUGCUCCAUAUUGAAGGCAUGAAAGCAAAGCUCUACCAAGAUUGUGUGGUAGAUCAUUCUAAAGGAAACAAUAUGGCAUUCUUAUUUUAUGUUUCAUUUUUUUUUUUAUGUUGAAUUGCAAAGUGUUUAUUGUUGCUGAUCAAUUUGUCCUUUUUCCAUGGCUAUUAACCCAAAAUAGUAACUAGUUCCAACAGCCUAUGUUUUUUUCAUUUCUAUAAUUUAUUUAUUUAUGUUGAUGUUAUGUAUCACUCUUGUUUCAGUUUAGUUCAUGAUUUUUUUUCUUUGUGUUAGUCAGUAUUUUUAAAGGGCAGGACUGGAGGUCAAUGGAUAAGAUGACCUGGCAUGUUUGCCUUAUACAGUAUUUGAAAGUAUAACACAUUGCUUUUUACACUGCUUUUUUCAUGUAAUUAUUAUAUAAUAAAUAACAUAGUGUACUACUAAUUAAAACAAAUUUAUGAAUUCAAUCCAAAUGAUAGUGGAAAUUCACAUCAUUUAUAUGAAAGGGAAUCUGCUGCAAAGCAAAAUACCUGCCAUUCCUACAAUUUACAUAUGAUAUGUAAUUUCCAGGCAGGGACCUAAAUUCAGGGAACCAGUAUUGCUUCACUGUAUGGGACAUCCCUGCCACAGAGCCAGUAUGCAGCCAUGCAUCAAAAAAAUUCCUUUGAAGCAAAAGUGUCAACAAUGUGUGUUCUUACUUGAAAGGAGCCUAUAUGUAUGCACUAUUGCAUUAGUUAUCAGAGGAAACAUCAAGUGUUGCGGUACAAAAAAUACCUUUUUGGACAUACAUCUUGUAAAAUCAGGUUGUUUCAAGGGUUUUGCACCCUUUUCAUCAGUCUGAUUUAAAUGCUUUGGUACAUAAGCUGUGAUCAGCUCUGCCUUUACAAACAUUUUAUGGGGGAAACCACUAUUAUAUAAGCCCUGGUGAAAUAGGUACAAACUCUAAAGACGCUUGGCUUUUACAAGAUGGCAGUCUAAUAGUCUUUUUAUGUUGCAAAAAUCUCAAGCAUCACAGGUGUCAGCAAGCUUAAAAGUUGAAUAUCUCGUUUGAUUUAUGUGCAGCCUUUGGGCACAAUUUAAGGUGCUCAUGGAGUCAGCUUCUAUCUGAAGCCUCGGCUCUCACACAGGUAUUUUAGUACAUGACAGAUUCCCUUUAAAGUGGAUCUGACAUUAAAAUGCAAGCUCUGCUUAUUUGGAUCCUAUACAUACAAACAUGGCAUAAAACAUUUAAAAAAAUCAUGCAUUAGAAGAAAAGUGAAAAACAUACUUACCUUACUUCCUGGGCUUCCACCUGCAGCAUGUAGGCAAGGGUAACAUCAUGGGUUUUGCUACGAGAUCCUGGAAAAGCUAAAGAUGCUACAUUUGUAUUUGAAGAUGCUCCAGCAUUGCAUAUAUAUUUUUACUUUCCUCCUAAUGUGUCUUUGUUUUGUUAUGUUUCAUCCCAUUCCUCUACAUGUGGGGGUCUAAAGGAUAAGCAGCUCCAAGGUCCACUUCAAGGUCAGGCCCAAACAGAAAAACAUUUAAGAAGCAUUUAAAAAGCAGAAGUUACAGUAAAUGUGCUUCUCAGAUCUUUUUCACAUAAUAAUUUUUUUUUUAUAGUACACUAAAUAUUUCACAUAUUUAAAGUUUAAUAUAGAGCAAUAUAUUAAAAUCCAUAUGCACAAUAUGACACCUAACUCACCAGUUAGAAGUCAGUUGUGGCAAAACUUUGGUAGCUUUGGGUUUUUAAUAUAUUAAACAAAACAUUGUGUAUGUUAAGUUAAACAUCAAAAUCUAAGCUCUAAAAUUAAACUCAACCAAAUACUCCUUUGCUUUCAGAUGUCAUGACUGUUUUUCAUAUUCUGUGUUACUCCUUGUUCUUCCAAAGCAGACAAAAAAAUUGUCUUCAACAAUUACAAAAUAUGGUCAGCAGGGCAAAUAUACGACCAAAUAAAUCCUUCAGGUGUAUAAAGCAGCAUGCUUAUCUGUUCUAAAUAACCAAAAGGGGAAUGCCUAAAAUAAUCCUACACAGACAUCUAUGCAUAAUUUUUCUUGCACUGUUACAUUAUGGAGAGUAAAUAUGUAUAUAUAUAUAUAUAUAUAUAUAUAUAUAUAUAUAUAUAUAUAUAUACACACUGUAUAUCUCCCCAAGUCUGCCGUGUGAUCGUUUUAGUUUAGGCCUUUAUCUUUGGGUAGAAUCUUACAUAUACAGUGAUAGUAAAAAGUCCUUGCACUGAUUUAACUCGUAUAAUUUAGCCUCUAAUAUUUGAAGAAUUAGUGUACGAUUUAUUAUAACAGGUGGUAUUAUAAUAAAAAUAAUAAUAUCAAUAAUGUGUGUAGGCAAAUAUAGCAUGGAAUAUUGACAGUUUUUACAGUAUAUGAACUAUUUUCAUAUCAUUAUGUAAAUAGUUUGCUAGUCAUUUUUAAUUUAAUGAAAAUAAAGUAAAAUACAAUAGCACUGAGAACCCUGCAUUCAUUGUACUACAGUAUAACAUGGUAUGUUACUUCUCUACCUCUGAAAUGCAUAUGCAUGAAGGUUACUGUUAUUCUGGCCAGUUCAAAAGUGGGUGGCCCUUCCUAUUCUAGAUUAUGAUUUUGAUUCUAACAUUGUGCAUAUGCUUAUGUAGUGGACAGUACCAAGGGUUGAACCUUCAUAUGUGGUUCUAUUCAGAGAGAUACAUUGUACAGGACCAAAAAACAUGAGAAAGUAUUAACCUAUUUUAAAAGCUAAUUUUAAGUUUAACUAAUCAGAUUUCACUUUUCUAAAAACCAACCAGUACAAAAUAGAUUGUAAUUAGUGGCUAUGGUUUACUGCAAUUAUAAAUUAGCACACUCUAUUAAAAAAGGCCAUCACUUCAUGAAAAUAUGUGAAUAAUAAAUAUGGCCAUUACAAUUGAAACCAGAUGGAUGACCUCAGAUUCAAUCCAGAUAGGAUCACUUUGUAAUCUGUGAAUAUUGUUCAGUUGGCCCAACCUGGCUUCCUUUUUGUGUAUUUUUUAUUCUUUCACUUAAGAAAUAGAAGUAUCCCAUCACCCACACCCAUCUAACUCCCAUAUGAUAAUUGCCUGGUAUCAUAUAAUUUAUCCGCUAGCACUGGCCUAGUGUUUCAAAAGUAGGGGGACCAAAAAAAAAAUGUGUUGUCUCCUAUCCCAAAACAGUAACCUGGUGUGGAUGAAGUUGCUUUUCUGGACCUCACUGAGCAAUAGAAGGUGCAGGAGUUCACCUUGUUAACUGAUAAAGGAGAUGUGACCAAUGAACACUAUCUAUAAAUUCAAACUAAAAAUACAUCCCCAACCUAUUCAACUGUUUACUAACUAAAAAUAAAAUCUAGAAAGUUUUAUGCUAGGGUUAAAUGGAUGUUUUUCAUGCAUGUGAUCAGACUACUUAAAUCUCCUGGGAUUGCUCUGUUUGUUGAUGUCACAUUGUUUUCAUUGUGGGCUGUCACACCAUUAGUAACGAGACUCGAUCUCCCAUGAUCGCACAAUGCUUCAAUUUGGUCGCAUAGCAGAAACUGUUAGCAAGUAUUCUCCACCCUGCUCCUCCAAAAAUGUGAAAAAAAAGAUUAAUCACACAAUUAGACAAUUAAGAUUUUUCAGGGACAUUUCAAGUACACCCUAAAGCGGAUUUUUGCACCAGGAGAUUUUUAAGUCUCUCACAUUAACAAAUCACCCAGGUAGCCCUAGUUCCAAAUAUGUCACAGAUUAAAUUUGACUGCUCAAUAGGUUCACCAACAGACAAUACCAGAUUUGGCUUUACUAAAAGCCACAGUUAUGUUCAGGGAUGCUUGGAGUUUGCAACAUGCUAAAUAGACCUUUGCAAGGCUUUGUGGUCACAAACAGAAACACAAGGAAUAAAACCUAAUGAGUUAAUUGGACUUACCAACUUACCUGUCUCCACCGGAUGUAGUUAAGUUGCAGAUAAAUCUCCUAACACCAGGAUUUGCACUCCUUGUUCAAGCUUGGGAGGUCUCUGAGAGAAACACUUUGCACACUAGGCUGGAGUUUUGGGACGAUAGAAGAGCAAACCUGAGCCCACAACCUGGAUUGCAGGAGUGAAUAUGGUGAACUGCAUGUGGAGUCGAUUCCUAGAGGUUUGUUCUUCUAUAAUUGCCACUAGGCAAAUAUAUCUUAUAUACGGCAAAACACAACUGUCUCAUACAAAAUAUUCCCCUGUAAUAAUUAAUUUUCUUGUAUUAAUUUUACCAAGCCAAAAAAUUUAUAACAAUGUAACUACAUUAUGCAUUCUUCUAAAAAUACUAUAGUUAAUGUGAAGACAUCCGUGUUAUAUUUCAGAUACAAACAUCCUUCGCAGUAGUAGUAGUAGGAUAAAGUCCACUAGGUGAUUCAGGCGUAGUUACACUUCGGCAGCUUGCCUAAUAUAUUACAAUAAAUGCUAGGUAGCAUUGCCACACUACUAAUUUGCAAAGGCUACAACUAAAUUCUACAUUUAUUGAUAGCUACUAAGGCCAUCUAGAUCCUGAGCAGAAAAUUGACACUGCAGUAGUUCAGAGCAGCCAAGUCAUUUACCAACAGAAAAUACAAACCCUACUUUCUAAUUUAAACCACCCAUGGAUAAUAAAUAAUAAAUAAAUAAAUAAAGGUUUAUUAGAAAAUAUUCUAUUUUCAAAAUAGGAAAACUGAUCCUUUUUCUUUCCUUGUUAAAAAAGACUUGUAUUUAAAAAAAAGCAUAUAUAUUCUCCUGCUCCCCUUUUACCAUGCUAUUAAACCAAAAUAUAAGCUAGAUAAAACACUUCUCUGGAAUUCAAUAGUAGCCAAUCACAAGAGAAAACUAUUAGGCAUUUAGUCAUAGCAUUUCUACUGAAUAUGAGAAUGGCCAAAUACUUAAACUUUUGGUGGGGUCUCUGUACGAUCCCACAGAAGAAAUUCCUCCAGGUGAUGUGAGGUUUGUAAAUUUCAGGGAAUGGUAUGAACAGAAGAGUAUGAGAUUUUGUUUUGAUAAUAGGUCUACUUUAAAAUAGACUGCAAAGGUCCCACCUAAUCUGACUGUCCACAGUGAAAUACACAGAUCUCUGAGAAGAGUGCUAUAACACAAUUGUCCAUCUGAAAUUAGCAUCAGUACACAGUCUAGUAUAAGUCUAUCUAUCUAUCUUCAUCAUCAUCAGUAAGUAGGGCAUGCAAAAAUUGUAUAAUCAUCUUAGGUAACCUUUUUUUUUUUAAAUGGCAAAGUAUUAAGAGAACAGAGAAGGAAAUACCAACUGUACCUUACUACCUUUCUGAGAAUAUUUAAACUCAUACAUUUAAUUUACUUUAUAUAAAAUUUAGAGUGAUGUCCCAUGCUCUUGUCCUAAUUCAUCCUUCUGUUUAUAUUAAAUAUAAUAAAUGUCCCUCUAUCACCUUUUUUCUUCUGUGUUACCUUGCUUGCCAUCUGCAGGGUUUUUUCAUUUCAAAUGCAAAUUCUAUAUCAGUGAAGGGAAGUUAAAGGUGACGCUGCUGCCUGUAAUAAUCAAAUUUCUUUUUUAAUUUGCAAACCCAGGCUAGGAAAAUAAUUUGAGAUUCAUGGGUUAUACCUCCAGUUUGUUCGGUUUUCUAGAGAAAAUGUGAUUUAUGAAGCCUAGUUUUAUCUACAACCAUAUUAACUGGAAUCCUCUUAGAGGAACUGGAAUCCUUUUGUACUGAAAGAGUGCUUGAUGUAAUUAAAACAAUUUUCCUGGGAUAAAUGAAAGAAACAGCUGCGAUUGGGCUAAUGCAAAACAUUCAAGGUCUAUUAUAACUAUGAUGGCUUACUUAUGAAAGAUGAAUAUUAGCUAAUUUAUUUAGCUUCACUUAAUGCAUGUAAAGGUAACUCUCAAAGCUGAGAUCCAAAAAAAAAUCCCCUGAUGUCUACCAGUUGAUGCCCUGUUAACUGAUAAAAUUAACAUAUGCUUUCCUCUAGCUGAUUAAUGUGUAUAGCAGUAGUAAAUAACAUACUUGCAGUAGUGCUGAACUCUAGGUAGAUUUAGGAACACAAUUUAAUUUAGUCAUGUGUCCAUUAAAAUAAAGCAUUAAAUAUAUUUUUACAUUCACCAAGCAUAAGUACUUGAAUCAGUCUUGAUAUCAUCCUAUUGUAAUUCUCUCCACAGCAGCACUCAGAAACAUUAUUCAUUGUGAACAUAUACUUCUUUCCUAACUAAGCCUGCGUUAUUAUAAUUUAAGACCGAACAUUUAAAUUCCUACAUAAACCCAUUUCAAAACUGUCUCUAUUUUAGUCUUAACUGUUUAAAUUUAUGAUAGACAUAAUAACAGAGAGGACUGAAUGCAUUUGAACUGGAUUCAACAUAAAUUUUACGUUUUGCGUUUAAUGAUAAAAACACAACAUGCCUUUAAUGCAGGAACAUAAUUUACAAUUUACAUAUGAACAUAUUUUAAAUUAUUAUCUUCCUUACUCACUGUUGGAACUAGUUUGAAUCAUGUUAUAUGUUUAUUUCCAUUCACCAUCUGUGUUUUUAUUUUAUUUUUUAUCUGUGUUGCUUUAUGCUUACCUAAUGCAAUAUUGUUUGCCUCACAAUUUGUAAGGCCUGACACCACACUCCUGCCAUGGUAAUUCACUUUUGCACUCCUCAGAAAUCAUAGCUUUAAAGGCAAAUCUUUAUACUGUUCGAUUAGUCUCAGCUAAGAUCACACUGUCAUAUAAAUGCAAUAUAUACAGUAUAUCUAUUUUUUGAAAUUCAGUGUCUAAUUUAUGUUUAUUAGCCAGGGGAUUUCAAUGUAACUAUUAAUAUAGAAAGUCAGUAUUACUGUACAGGGCCAGCUACCACUUUGUAUUAUGUAUAAUUUCUGUAUAUUGUAGACGUGUUUCCACUAGUGCACUAUAUAUGACAUUGUAACCAUUAUUAAAUGUCACUAUUUUUACCA